ACAGGAGUGGGGGGAGAGAGUGGGUAGCCGUGGUGUGGUCCCCACAUCAUCUCCUAUAAAUAGGCCGUGGCUUCUUCGUGGAGUUCGCGAGAGAGAGAGAGAGAGAGGCGGAGGGAAGGGUGUCGGUUGUGGAGAAACUCUAUUCAUCCUUAUCUCUAGGUUUUCCGGCUUUUGCGAUUUUCGGCCGAGGAUCGACGGGAGAUCCGCUUCCUGAGGAAGGAGCGAUUGCAAACGAAGGAGGAUCUGUGUAGGAAGCUUUUUCUGCCUCGAAACCGUUCUUGAUCUCUCUUUUUUCGAGCUGAAGCUACCAUUCUCCCCGAGGAAUAGAAGAAUCGGUGAAACAAUAGAGAGAUCAGGCGUUGCCUGCUUUCGAUCCGAGAUCCGUUCUUGGAGAAAUCGGAGGAUUUUCUGAUUUCUGGCGUUCGGUUUCUACUUUGCGGCGGUGGAAAAGAUCGUUUUGAGGUGAAACCUUGUGAACUGUGGAGAAAGGUCUGACAGUUCGAUCUGGUCGGAGAUCCAUAUCCAUCGGUUUUAAAUUCGGGUUGUGAUCUGUGUUUCGAUGCAUAGAGAAGCGAAAUCAACGGAGAAUUGGUAGAAAAGCGGUGCCUUUGGUAGUUUCGAUCGGAGAUUUGAAGACUUACUGAAGUUUCUUUCAGAAUCUUAAAACUUCGUUUUCAAGAAGAAAAAACCAGCUAUUUUCCUGGAGGAUUUGGCUGGAAAAAACUCCUUCAAUAUCCCGCCAGAGCAUCUCUAUUUUCUGCCAUAAAAGUGAAGCCUUAAAAAAAAAGAAGAUAAAAAAUCGUUUAAUCUCUCUGAAAGACAAAAGACCGUUCUGAGGAAUUAUCUUUCAGAAUCUUAAAAAUUCGUUUUCAGUAGGAAAAAAACUCCUACAGUAUCCUGCAGAAACUCCUACAAUAUCAAGCGGAACACCUCUGUCCUCUACCACGAAAGUGAAGCCUCUUUGAAAAAAUAUAAAAAAAACAUUUAAACUCUGUGAAAGAUCAUUUCUUCUAAAUUUCAUUAAUGGCGGCAGUCCCUGGUUCCGUGUUUCAACUCCCUAAAGAUCCCGCCGUUCUUCCUUCCCUUAAUAAUCAAAGGAAUAUUGCUGUUUUAAGUCGUUGUGGAAACAGAGCCGCUUGUUGCGCUGUUUCGAGGCGGAGUGGCGCUGUCGCCUUGGAGAAUAGGUUCUUUGGGACGAGGUUGCGUCAUUCCAGUCCAGGGCGGCUGCAUCUAUGGCUAUCAGACGGUCCAGGACGGGCUCCGAAGCUCAGAACUGUGAAAUCCAUGGCACUGUCGCAAGUGCCAGAGAAGCCACUGGGUCUGUACGAUCCGUCCUUCGACAAAGAUUCUUGUGGAGUUGGGUUCGUCGCGGAGUUGUCUGGUGAAUACAGCAGGAAAACUGUGAUGGAUGCUAUAGAAAUGUUGGUACGGAUGUCUCAUAGAGGCGCCUGCGGCUGCGAAACAAACACUGGCGACGGAGCUGGCAUUCUUGUUGCUCUCCCUCAUGAUUUCUUUAAUGAGGUUGGUAAGGAUGUUGGAUUUGAACUGCCACCGCCAGGGGAGUAUGCUGUUGGCAUGUUCUUCUUACCAACAUCUGAAGUUCGCCGUGAAGAAAGCAAAAUAGUGUUUACCAAGGUUGCCGAGUCAUUGGGCCAUGUUGUGCUUGGGUGGCGCCGUGUCCCAACUGAUAACACAGGCUUGGGCAAAUCUGCUCUUCAAACAGAACCUGUUGUUGAGCAAGUGUUCCUUACUCCUAGUCCAAGGUCAAAUGCUGAUUUUGAACAACAGAUGUACGUAUUAAGAAGGGUUUCAAUGGUGGCUAUCCGAGCUGCUUUAAACCUGCAGUAUGGUGGACAAAGGGACUUCUACAUCUGUUCUCUAUCGUCAAGGACGAUUGUUUACAAAGGUCAACUAAAGCCAGAUCAGCUGAAUGGCUACUAUCAUGCAGAUCUUGGCCACGAAAGGUUUACAAGCUACAUGGCCCUGGUCCAUUCUCGGUUUUCAACAAACACUUUUCCGAGCUGGGAUCGUGCUCAACCCAUGCGGAUUUUGGGCCACAAUGGGGAGAUCAACACACUUCGAGGAAAUGUAAAUUGGAUGAAGGCACGUGAGGGUCUUCUAAAAUGCAAGGAUCUGGGCUUGUCAAAGAAUGAGAUGAAGAAGCUUCUACCCAUCGUGGAUGCCAGCUCUUCUGAUUCAGGAGCAUUUGAUGGCGUCUUGGAGCUUCUUGUUCGUGCUGGCAGAAGUCUGCCUGAAGCUAUCAUGAUGAUGAUACCUGAGGCAUGGCAAAAUGAUGAUAACAUGGAUCCUGAUAGAAAGGCCUUGUACGAAUAUUUUUCAGCUCUUAUGGAGCCAUGGGAUGGACCUGCACUUAUAUCAUUUACUGAUGGCCGCUAUCUUGGAGCGACAUUGGACCGGAAUGGAUUGCGCCCCGGUCGCUUUUACAUCACUCAUAGUGGACGCGUGAUCAUGGCCAGUGAGGUUGGUGUUGUAGACAUUCCGCCAGAAGAUGUGGCCAGGAAAGGAAGACUUAACCCUGGAAUGAUGCUACUGGUAGAUUUUGAGAAUCGUAUUGUUGUUGAUGAUGAGGCCUUGAAGCAGCAGUACUCUCUAGCCAGGCCAUAUGGCGAGUGGCUCAGUAGACAGAAAAUAGAACUUGAGGAUAUCAUAAAUUCUGUUCCUGAAGCUGAUAGAGUCCCACCUACCAUAUCUGGAACAGUGCCUGUAUAUCGACAUGAUGAUAAUAACAUGGAAAACAUGGGAAUUCAUGGAUUGUUGGCUCCCUUGAAGGCUUUUGGAUACACUGUAGAAGCCCUGGAGAUGCUGUUGCUGCCCAUGGCAAAAGAUGGUACUGAGGCUCUUGGCUCAAUGGGAAAUGAUGCUCCUUUGGCUGUGAUGUCCAACAGAGAGAAACUUACAUUUGAGUAUUUCAAGCAGAUGUUUGCUCAGGUUACAAACCCACCGAUUGAUCCGAUCCGAGAGAAAAUCGUCACGUCCAUGGAGUGCAUGAUCGGUCCAGAAGGGGACCUUACCGAAACAACUGAAGAGCAGUGCCAUCGCCUCUCGUUGAAAGGUCCUCUACUGACCAUUGAGGAAAUGGAGGCCAUGAAAAAAAUGAACUACAGGGGUUGGCGUAGCAAAGUUCUUGAUAUUACUUACUCAAAAAACCGUGGUCGGAAGGGUUUGGAGGAGACAUUGGAUAGGAUCUGUGCAGAAGCACGUAAUGCAAUUCGGGAGGGUUAUACGGCAUUGAUAUUGUCUGACAGAGCAUUCUCAUCCAAGCGUGUUGCGGUGAGUUCCCUCUUGGCAGUAGGUGCUGUCCAUCAUCACCUAGUCUCAAAACUUGAGCGCACUCGAAUUGGGCUGAUAGUUGAAUCUGCAGAGCCACGUGAAGUGCACCAUUUCUGUACUCUGGUUGGAUUUGGUGCCGAUGCUAUCUGCCCAUAUUUAGCUGUAGAAGCUAUUUGGCGACUGCAGAUUGAUGGAAAAAUCCCCCCAAAAGCGAACGGUGAGUUCCAUUCAAGGGAGGAUCUCGUAAAAAAAUAUUUCAAAGCAAGCAAUUACGGGAUGAUGAAAGUACUUGCUAAAAUGGGGAUAUCAACUUUGGCCUCUUACAAGGGUGCUCAGAUUUUUGAAGCUCUGGGUCUUUCAUCUGAGGUGAUCCAAAGGUGUUUUAAUGGGACCCCAAGCAGAGUGGAGGGUGCGACAUUUGAAAUGCUUGCUCGUGAUGCACUUCGCCUGCAUGAGCUGGCAUUUCCGAGCAGGGUGUUACCUCUUGGAAGUGCUGAGGCUGUGGCAUUGCCCAAUCCUGGGGAUUAUCACUGGAGAAAAGGUGGUGAAGUACAUCUUAAUGAUCCUCUUGCUAUUGCAAAGCUCCAAGAAGCUGCCAGAGCAAACAGUGUGGCUGCCUAUAAAGAAUACUCUAAGCGUAUACAGGAGCUGAACAAGACCUGCAAUCUGCGGGGUAUGUUGAAGUUUAAAGACAUUAAGGCGAAGGUUCCUUUGGAUGAAGUGGAACCUGCUAGUGAGAUUGUGAAGUGCUUCUGUACUGGGGCCAUGAGUUACGGGUCAAUAUCAUUGGAGGCACACACCACCCUGGCUAUUGCAAUGAACCAAAUUGGAGGGAAAUCUAAUACGGGUGAGGGAGGUGAGAAUCCAUCCCGCAUGGAGUCUCUUCCGGAUGGUUCAAGGAAUCCAAAGAGGAGUGCAAUUAAGCAGGUCGCAAGUGGGAGAUUUGGAGUUUCUAGCUAUUAUCUUACAAAUGCUGAUGAACUCCAGAUAAAGAUGGCUCAGGGGGCCAAGCCAGGUGAAGGGGGUGAACUUCCAGGCCAUAAGGUUAUUGGUGACAUUGCAGUCACAAGGAAUUCCACUGCUGGUGUGGGACUAAUCAGCCCCCCUCCUCAUCAUGAUAUUUAUUCCAUUGAAGAUCUCGCACAACUAAUUCAUGAUCUUAAGAAUUCAAAUCCAGGGGCUCGAAUCAGUGUAAAGCUGGUGUCCGAAGCAGGCGUGGGAGUAAUCGCUAGUGGCGUCGUUAAAGGCCAUGCUGACCAUGUCUUGAUCUCUGGUCAUGAUGGAGGUACAGGUGCAUCUCGCUGGACUGGCAUCAAGAAUGCUGGGCUUCCGUGGGAGCUUGGUUUGGCUGAGACCCACCAAACUCUAGUUGCUAAUGACCUUCGUGGCCGAACCACUCUGCAGACCGAUGGCCAAUUAAAAACAGGAAGAGAUGUUGCCAUUGCCGCCCUACUUGGGGCAGAAGAGUUUGGGUUCAGCACUGCCCCUCUCAUAACGCUUGGUUGCAUCAUGAUGCGGAAGUGCCAUAAGAACACCUGCCCUGUAGGCAUUGCUACCCAAGACCCUGUUCUUCGUGAGAAAUUUGCUGGAGAACCUGAACAUGUCAUAAACUUCUUCUUUAUGCUUGCUGAAGAGCUGCGGGAAAUCAUGUCUCAGCUGGGAUUCCGAACCAUCAAGGAAAUGGUUGGCCGUUCAGAUAUGUUAGAAAUUGACAACGAAGUGGUCAAGAACAAUGAGAAACUGGAAAAUAUUGAUCUAUCACUGUUGCUCAGGCCUGCAGCUGACAUCCGGCCAGAAGCAGCUCAGUAUUGCAUCCAGAAACAGGAUCAUGGUCUGGACAUGGCUUUAGACCAAGAACUGAUAUCUUUAUCUAAAGCUGCUCUUGAAAAGGGACUUCCUGUGUACAUUGAGAUGCCAAUUAGGAAUGUGAACCGUGCGGUGGGGACGAUGCUCAGCCAUGAAGUCACAAAGCGCUAUCACAUUAAUGGGCUUCCUACAGACACCAUCCAUGUUAGGCUGACUGGAAGCGCUGGCCAAAGCCUUGGUGCAUUCCUCUGCUCUGGAAUCACGCUUGAGCUUGAAGGUGACAGCAAUGACUACGUGGGGAAAGGAUUAUCAGGUGGUAAGAUUGUUGUUUAUCCUCCAAGAAGAAGCCAGUUUGAUCCAAAGGAAAACAUUGUCAUUGGUAAUGUUGCACUCUAUGGAGCAACAAGUGGGGAGGCAUAUUUCAAUGGCAUGGCGGCUGAAAGAUUUUGUGUGCGUAAUUCAGGGGCUACAGCAGUUGUAGAAGGUGUUGGGGAUCAUGGGUGUGAGUACAUGACGGGUGGUACUGUUGUUGUACUUGGGAAAACUGGGAGGAAUUUCGCAGCUGGUAUGAGUGGUGGAAUUGCAUAUGUUCUUGAUGUGGAUGAGAAAUUCCAUUCUCGUUGCAAUGUCGAGCUUGUAGAUCUUGAUAAAGUAGAGGAUGAAGAGGACAUCACAACCUUAAGGAUGAUGAUACAGCAGCAUCAGCGCCACACAAACAGUGAGUUUGCGAGAGAAGUCCUCUCUGAUUUUGAGAAUUUUCUUCCGAAGUUUGUUAAGGUUUUCCCGAGGGAUUACAAGCAAGUGCUUGAGGAUUUGAAAGCAGAAAAGGCUGCCAAAGAGGCUGAGGAACGAGAAGAAGCAGAGUUGAUGAAGAAGGAUGCGUUCGAAGAGCUUAAGAAGCUGGCAGCUGCAUCCUCAAAUGGCAAAGCGAAUGUGAAAGUGGAACAGACGCAGUCAUCAAAGAGGCCAACACGAGUUCCAGAUGCAGUCAAGCAUAGGGGCUUCCUAGCUUAUGAGCGCGAGAGCAUUUCAUACAGGGAUCCUAAUGAGAGGAUUAAUGAUUGGAAAGAGGUAGCAGAGGAGUCAAGACCAGGCCAACUGUUGAGCACCCAGUCUGCCCGUUGCAUGGAUUGUGGAACUCCUUUCUGCCAUCAGGAGAACUCCGGGUGCCCUCUUGGCAACAAGAUACCAGAAUUUAAUGAGCUAGUCUACCAGAAUAGGUGGCGUGAAGCACUGGACCAGCUUCUGGAGACAAACAACUUCCCAGAAUUCACUGGCCGAGUAUGUCCUGCUCCUUGUGAAGGUUCCUGUGUUCUCGGAAUAAUUGAGAACCCAGUAUCUAUUAAGAACAUAGAGUGCGCCAUCAUAGACAAGGCCUUUGAGGAGGGGUGGAUGGUGCCUCGGCCUCCCCCUAAGAGAACUGGGAAGAGAGUUGCUAUAGUAGGCAGUGGACCAGCUGGGUUGGCUGCUGCAGAUCAAUUGAAUAGGAUGGGCCAUUUGGUCACAGUAUUUGAACGCGCUGACCGCAUUGGAGGCCUGAUGAUGUACGGAGUUCCCAACAUGAAGGCAGACAAGGUCAACAUUGUUCAACGACGUGUCAAUCUUAUGGCUGAAGAAGGCAUCAAUUUUGUGGUGAAUGCCAAUGUCGGGGCAGACCCGUUGUACUCCCUCCACCAUCUUCGUGCUGAGAAUGAUGCAAUCGUCUUGGCAUGUGGAGCUACUAAACCAAGGGAUCUUCCUGUUCCUGGACGGGAGCUCUCGGGAAUUCAUUUUGCAAUGGAAUUUCUCCAUGGGAACACCAAGAGCUUGCUAGACAGCAAACUACAGGAUGGCAAGUACAUAUCUGCCAAGGGGAAGAAGGUGGUAGUCAUAGGGGGUGGCGAUACCGGUACUGAUUGCAUAGGGACAUCCAUCCGACAUGGAUGCACCAACAUCAUAAAUCUCGAACUUCUUCCAGAGCCGCCUCGAACUAGAGCUCCUGGCAACCCAUGGCCUCAGUGGCCUCGUGUCUUCCGUGUGGACUAUGGUCACCAAGAAGCUGCAGCAAAGUUUGGAAAGGAUCCAAGGGAUUACGAGGUCUUGACAAAGCGCUUUGUGGGAGAUGAAAAUGGGGCUGUUAAAGGACUUGAGCUGGUGCACGUUCGCUGGGCUAAGGAUGCCAGCGGGAAAUUCCAGUUUCAGGAAGUGGAAGGCUCAGAGGAGAUGAUUGAGGCUGAUCUUGUCCUCCUGGCAAUGGGUUUUCUCGGUCCUGAGCCGACUGUUGCGGACCGGCUGGGUUUGGAACGAGACAACCGGUCCAACUUCAAAGCAGAGUAUGGCCGCUUCUCGACCAAUGUUGAAGGUGUCUUUGCAGCUGGAGACUGCCGGCGUGGACAGUCACUGGUUGUGUGGGCCAUCUCUGAGGGCAGGCAAGCAGCUACUCAGGUAGACAAGUACCUAAUGGAGGAUGCAAGCAUCACCGCUCCCAGCCAGGAGGACAUGGUCAAUAAGCAGGGCAGCAGCAAACACACUGUAAUGACAUGAGAAAAAAAUAAAAUGCUGUUAUAUAAUUUUUAAAAAUUGCUGAUUAUUUGACUGCAUCUGCAAAGGCGGAAUGCUGAUUCACAGGAACUUCACCGUGGGUCCCCACUCUAUUUGCGAGGAUGGGUGGAAGAAGGCAAUUGUUAGCAACGUGGCCAGCUGUGGAUAAAUGGCAGAUGAGCGCAGAUGGUUGGACAGGACUCUUUGUAGUGUUCUCUCAUGGGUCUGCUGUCUUAUACGCUUGAAGUUUGGUUCAUAAGUAUAGGAUUUGGUUGCUUAUUUUGUUCAGCUUUCAAUAUCUUUUUCCCCAUCUCUCUGUAGAUGUCUUGGUUUUGACGUAAGGGGAACAAUAAUGUACAGUUUCAUUUGGCGUUAGUCAGAAAUGGGUGGCGAGCUCUGCUUCUUCUGUUUG